AUGUCCGUCUCACACAGGAAUGUUACUUUGGACAAUUAUGGACAUUUGAAUGACAUAUUAGCGUUAGACCCUAUAACCGAAUUUGAAACAGAUUCAGAUUAUCGGGAGAAUGUCCCAAAUAUGAAAAUGAUUCCGACAUGGUUACACGGAGAACAACAACCGAUCAUGCGAGAAGCAUCUGUACGAGGGAAGUGGUUGCAAGGGGAAAUGAUAGGAACCGGUUGUGGUGUUUAUGAUGACAAAACGAAGGAUUUCCAAUACUUAAUUGAGUGA